AUGGCCAUACCGCCAGGAUUUGUCUGGAUCUUCCGGAACACCCCUCGAUUUCUUGUUCUGCCUGCUGCCACAUAUGUGGCUUUACGGCUCCUCCAGGAGCACCAGCAGAUUGCUCUCUCCGCCUGGAUCACUGUUACUGCUUGUGUUUUGUCUCUUCCGGCGUCCUUCAUACUCGCAUUCCUGUAUGCAGACUUCCGCGACGCUCGUGCCGCAGCAGCGAGGGGCGCGGUUUUGGCCCCCGUCGUCCCGUACAAGCUCCCCGGAGCCAUCGAUAAACUCGGAGCGCUUGCUUAUAGCUUCACGUCUGGGUACAUUGGUGAAGUCACCAAGGCUGACUUUGAGGCUGUUGGGAAUACGAUGAACUCGCGGAUUCUGUGGGAAAAUAGGAUUGAAACUAUAGAACCAGAGUAUAUCAAGGUUAUGCUUGCAACACAGUUCAGUUCGCACUUCAAAGGAGAUGCGGUGUAUGAUUCCUCAAAGUCGUUGCUGGGAACAGGGGUGUUUAACUCGGAUGGAGAUACAUGGAAGUUCCACCGAUCUAUGACAAAGCCGUUCUUCAGCAGGGAUCGUAUCAGUCACUUCGACAACUUCGAAAGGCACGCGGACGACGCCAUUGCUCAGACUAGGGCCCGCUUGAGAGAGGGGCAUCCGGCUGAUUUCCAGGACAUGGUCUCCCGCUUCACGCUCGACUCGGCCACCGAGUUCCUCUUCGGCAAAGACCUCCAAUCGCUUUCUGCCGGACUCCUCUACCCACCUAAUUCUCCGCUCGCUGCUACCUCGGCUGCCAAGGAUCACCCAGCCAACGUCUUCGCACAGGCGUUCUUGGAGAGCCAGGUUGCGACGGUUUUUCGCAUGACAUAUGGCUCGGCAUGGCGUCUACGUGAGUUCUGGGCAGAUGAGGUACAAAAGCACAUGGACGUGUGCAACGCCUUCAUUGAGCCGGUAGUAAAAGAUGCCCUUGCAAGGAAACGUGAGGCGAAAGAGAAGGGACUAGGUCAGGUACGGGAGAAGGGGAAAGUUGCAGAUGAAGAUACGCUCCUUGACUACCUUGUCAAUGUCACUGAGGACGAUAAGCUUAUUCGCGAUGAAACCUUCAACAUCAUGAUUGCGGGCAGAGACACAACUGCAGGCACACUGACGAUGGCUGUCUACAUGCUGUCGCAGCAUCCAGAUAUAUUGCGGCGUCUUCGUGAAGAAGUCCUGAAUAAAGUGGGUCCUUCUCGAAGGCCCACUUUAGAGGAAAUGCGGGAUAUGAAGUACAUGCGUGCAUUCCUGAAUGAGGUCCUCCGCCUGUAUCCUCCAGCCCCUUUCAACUUACGGUCCACUGGCAGUAAACCUGUAGUUUGGCCUAGCAUCAACGGCAAGCCUCCUAUCUACAUUCCUGCUAACACUCGCACUCCAUACUCGGUCUACCUGAUGCAUCGUCGUAAGGACCUAUGGGGCCUUGACGCCGAGGUCUUCGACCCCGAUCGUUUCCUUGACGAGCGUCUCCACAAGUAUCUUACACCGAACCCUUUCAUCUUCCUGCCUUUCAAUGCAGGCCCGCGUAUUUGUAUCGGCCAACAGUUCGCCUACAACGAAUCGACGUUCUUCCUCAUCAAGCUCCUCCAAGCGUUUUCGACCAUCGAGCUGGCCGAGGAUAUCCAGUUAAUGCCACCGGCUGACUGGGCCAAGGCGGAGGGUCGCAAGUCGGUGGAGAAGAUUAUGCUCAGGAUGAGCCUAACCACGUAUGCCGAGGGUGGUCUUUGGGUAAGAAUGGGCGAGGCGAACCAUGCCGAGACGGCUUAA